AUGCAGAACAAAACACCCCACACCCAAGAACCCGCCAAACCAUCACUUCCUCCUCCUCCACCCCCAGAACCAAAUCUAACCAGAAAACCCCCACCCACCCCACUACUGCCCCUCAGCCAGAACAACAAACCCCUCCACCCCCCGCCCACCUUCCCAAUAUACUACUUCUUCUACGGAACCCUAACCUCCCCAACGCAAGUUGCCCGAAUCCUCGAUCUACGCGCGGAGCCACGCCUCCGCAAAGCAGAAGUAACAGGCUACGCCAUUGCUAAAUGGGGCGAUUACCCCGCCCUUAUCACUGGGAACGAAGGACAAGUGGUAUCGGGCUCUGCGUACCUAGUCAAGUCCGAGGAAGAGGCAGAGAAACUAGCACGUUAUGAGACGAAUGCGUAUGAAGUUGUGGAUUGUUUGAUCUUCUUCACGGAUGGGGAGCAGCCGGACGAGGCUAGUGGGAGGGUUUUUGUGUAUGCGGGGGAUGCGCAGGCGCUGGUUGAGCGGCGGUUUGAUCGGGUGCUUUGGGGGAGGCAGAUGGGUGGGAGGGUAGGGUUAUGA